UCAUCAUGCUCGCUACUCGUGCUGUUGGACUCGGUCCCGCACUCAGGCGGUCGGCGUUUGCGCAGACUGGCCGUGCUGCCGCGCGCAAUGUCGCUAGCAAGCGCUUUGUUCAGAUUCAAUCCAUGAAGCCGUCCGCGACGGAGGGCAUCCUCAACGAGCAGCGUCUCCGUCGGCCCAAUAGCCCCCACAUGACGAUCUACCAGCCGCAGUUGACAUGGUACAGCUCGAUCGCCAACCGUAUCACCGGUGUUGGUCUCAGCGUCCUCCUCUACGGCUUCUCGCUCGGCUACCUCUUCCUCCCUGGCACCUUCGACAGCGCGCACGUCGUCGACUUCGUCGCCGGCCUCCCCGACGCGGUCAAGUACGCCGGCAAGACCAUCCUCGCGCUCCCCUUCGCCUACCACGGCUGGAACGGCGUGCGCCACCUCGGAUGGGAUAUGGGCAAAUUCUUGACCCUCAAGAACUCAUACCGCGCGGGAUAUGCCGUGCUUGCAGCAACUGGUGUCUCGACUAUCGCCCUCGUCCUCUUGUAAUUCUAUAGCGCGGAAUGUAGACCCGAAUGCAUGCAUGAAUACCCG